AUGAGCGAGAAAACCGUGUAUGUAACAGUGCUUAGUGACCAGUACAGUGACAUUUCUUCUGAUGAAGCGGGUGAACUAGAGUACAAGAAUGUAUCGUCAGACGAAGAAGAGUUGGAAAAGAUGGUGACCGACCCUAACCCGGAAGAUCGCGAGAUCCUAUCUGUGAGUUCGUCAAUACUGGAGGACAUUAUGCGCGAGGAUCCCGCAGUAAAUAUUGAUGACUUUCUGUGCGGGGAUCAAAAUGAUUUCGAAUUUCGGGGAGAGGACUUCGAAGAAUUCAUGGAGGAUGACGAGACCUCGGUGCCGACAGAGGAUAGCGACAUGGACACUACUAACGAAACCGGAAGUACCUCAGAGACGACGGUGAUUUCGUUAACUCUAAUUAAGACUGAGACAGUUUAUCCAGAUGGUACAUCAGAAGUUGUGCGCAACACAACCAUCGCGCACUCGAGAAAUAUGGAUCCAACGAAUGUGAACUUUGCCGACAUCGCGAUGGAGAUAAUCACCGAAGUCCCUAACCAUUUUAAUCACCGUGAUGUGCGUGUCGUGAACUCUACCUUAUAA